AUGCCUCACGGUCGUCCAACAAAACGGAGGCGACUCUCUCCGCCCAUCGAUGACAGCAAAGUCUCAGAGACCAUCAAGGCUACCGACCUCUUCGUCCGCGCCGCAGAUUGGGAUCUUGAGCAAGAAUAUGAGAAGAAGUCGAGGCAGAAAAAAAACAAGGAAUCCACGAGACUCCCGAUCAAGACUGCCGAAGGGAAGACACAAAGGGUAGAAGAGAAGGCACCGAUUGAAAAGGAGGAUGAUUCCGAUAGUUUCAUGGGAUCUGGAACUGACGAUGAGGACGACGAGAAGGACGAGACGCCUCCCACCGAGACAGAACCCGCCGUUCCGCAAGUCCCUCUCAAGCAACAAAUUGUCGCCGCGAAGGAAGAGAUUGCUCGCAUCGCGGGUCUCCUAAAUGAAGACCCCGAAGAACAUGCCGGGUCGUUUAAAAAGCUGGCACAAGUCACUGGACCAACUUCGCCAAUCGCGGUUCAGAAACUGGUCCUUGCUGCACAAGCAGCGGUGUACAAGGACGUGAUUCCGGGCUAUCGGAUACGCUCUUACAAGGAUGACGAAUUGGGGAACAAGAUUUCCAAGGACGUGCGGCAAACGAGACAGUAUGAGCACGCUCUCGUCACUGGGUAUCAGGCAUACCUGAAACAACUGAGCAGUCUCGCAAAGGCUCAAAAAAGUGAUGCAGUUACACUGUCCUUGCGAAGUGUUGCGAUCAAUUGUGCAUGCACACUCCUCCUCUCCGUACCACAUUUCAAUUUCCGGACCGAGCUGUUGAAUAUUCUCGUCCACGAGGUCUCGAGUCGAGAACCCUCACCCGAUUUCCUCAAAUGCGUGGAGACUCUGGAGCAGUUUUUCUCACGCGAUGAAGACGGAGCCCCGUCCCUUGAAGCCGUCAGCCUGCUCACUAAAAUGAUGAAAGCUAAAGACUACCGGGUCAGGGAAGAAGUGCUGAAUACAUUCUUCCAUUUACGUCUUUUGUCUGAACUGGCACCACCUGACUCAUCCGGCAAACCAGGUAGGCCGGAACAGCCGUCGAAGGUACACGGACGCAAGGUCAAGCAGCAGACCUCCCAGCACAUGUCCAAACGCGAACGAAAAUUGCUCAAGCAGCGCCGUGAAGUCGAGAAAGACAUGGCCGAAGCCUCGGCGCUGGUAAACCAUGAAGAGAGAGAGAAAAUCCAGUCUGAAACGUUGAAAUUGGUGUUUGUCACGUAUUUUCGCGUUCUGAAGGCCAGGAUCCCAGAGCUUAUGGGUGCUGUGCUGGAAGGGUUGGCAAAGUACGCGCAUCUGAUCAAUCAGGAUUUUUUUGGAGAUCUAUUAGAGGCGCUAAAGGAGAUUGUGGGCGUAGCUGAUGACGCUGUCAAAGGGGGAUUGGACGUGGAGGGCGAAGUUGAAGAAGAGAGCAAGGCGACAACCCUGGAUGCCGAGACAAUCCGCAACAGGAAACGCGAAAGCCUUCUUGCGACGCAGACUGCAUUCACACUGCUCUCGGGCCAGGAUGUCUCCAAAGCCGCCUCGAGCUUACAUCUCGACCUGAGCUUUUUUACAGGGCAUAUCUACAGUUCAUUAUACCCGCUCUCACUGGACGCGGACGUCGAACUGGGGCCGAAAUCGCUACGUCUCGCCGAUCCACACUCGUCGAAAGCUCCGUUGUCAAACGCAGCGAGCAACAGAAUCAACAUCUCCACACCCAUUCUCCUGCUCACGCGCGUCUUGACAUCUAUCCUGCUAAUACCCUCGUCUCCACCCCCCCCACAGACAGUCCUGUCGUUCUUCAAACGCCUCCUGACUGUCUCGCUGCAAUUGCCUGAGAAAUCCACCCUGGCAGUAUUCAAUCUAAUGGCCAAGAUCGCAGACAAACACGGCCGCAAGAUCGAGGCGUUGUGGCACAGUGACGAAAGGAAAGGAGACGGCGUGUAUCGGGGCGACAGCGAGAGUGUGGAAGGCACCAAUGUGUUGGGGACCGGCAGCGGCGUUUGGGAGUUAGAGCUGUUGAAGAGGCAUUACUGUCCCAAAAUCAGAGAAUCGGCGCAGAGCGUGGAAGGAAUCAUCAGAGACAUGCACAGAUAA